UGCACUCGCUCCUCUCCCGCCCACACGCGCAGAAUGUCAGGAAGGGCCUGUUGCUGGGGCCUGGGAGCCGCUGGAGCCGAGGCUGUCUGUGUGCGCCCAGAGGAGCGCCCGGGCUUGUAGCCUGCCGCGGGCAUGCCCUUUCCCCUGAGCGGGCCGGCUGCGUGGCGCCACGAGGAGCCGCAGCAGCUGUGGGCCUGGAGCUCCGAGCCCGAGCCCGAGCCCGGGGACACCGGGGCACGGGGGCAGCCUCUCCCCAAAGGUUCCGGGCGUGGGGAGGCUGAGACACGGGAGUGCAUCUACUACAACGCCAACUGGGAGCUGGAGCGCACCAACCAGAGCGGCCUGGAGCGCUGCGAGGGCGAGCAGGACAAGCGGCUGCACUGCUACGCGUCCUGGCGCAACAGCUCCGGCACCAUCGAGCUCGUCAAGAAGGGCUGCUGGCUGGACGAUUUCAACUGCUACGACAGGCAGGAGUGUGUGGCCACCGAGGAGAACCCCCAGGUGUACUUCUGCUGCUGUGAAGGCAACUUCUGCAACGAGCGCUUCACCCACCUGCCGGAGGCCGGGGGCCCGGAAGUCACGUACGAGCCACCCCCGACAGCCCCCACUCUGCUCACGGUGCUGGCCUACUCGCUGCUGCCCAUCGGGGGCCUCUCCCUCAUCGUCCUGCUGGCCUUCUGGAUGUACCGGCACCGGAAAGCCCCCUACGGCCACGUGGACAUCCACGAGGACCCGGGACCCCCACCCCCGUCCCCUCUGGUGGGCCUGAAGCCACUGCAGCUGCUGGAGAUCAAGGCGCGGGGGCGCUUCGGCUGCGUCUGGAAGGCCCAGCUCAUGAACGACUUUGUGGCUGUCAAGAUCUUCCCACUCCAGGACAAGCAGUCAUGGCAGAGCGAGCGGGAGAUCUUCAGCACGCCCGGCAUGAAGCACGAGAACCUGCUGCAGUUCAUCGCGGCGGAGAAGCGAGGCUCCAACCUUGAGGUGGAACUGUGGCUCAUCACCGCCUUCCACGACAAGGGCUCCCUCACGGAUUACCUCAAGGGGAACAUCAUCACGUGGAACGAACUGUGUCACGUGGCAGAGACCAUGUCGAGAGGUCUCUCGUACCUGCAUGAGGACGUGCCCUGGUGCCGCGGCGAGGGCCACAAGCCGUCUAUUGCCCACAGGGACUUUAAAAGCAAGAAUGUGCUGCUGAAGAGCGACCUCACGGCCGUGCUGGCCGAUUUUGGCCUGGCUGUUCGGUUUGAGCCAGGGAAGCCUCCGGGGGACACCCACGGGCAGGUGGGCACACGGCGGUACAUGGCCCCGGAGGUGCUCGAGGGGGCUAUUAACUUCCAGAGAGACGCCUUCCUGCGCAUCGACAUGUAUGCCAUGGGGCUGGUGCUGUGGGAGCUCGUCUCCCGCUGCAAGGCUGCCGAUGGCCCCGUGGACGAGUACAUGCUGCCCUUUGAAGAAGAGAUCGGCCAGCACCCCUCGCUGGAGGAGCUGCAGGAGGUGGUUGUGCACAAGAAGAUGCGGCCCGCCAUUAAGGAUCACUGGCUGAAGCACCCGGGCCUGGCGCAGCUCUGCGUGACCGUCGAGGAGUGCUGGGACCACGACGCGGAGGCGCGCCUGUCCGCGGGCUGCGUGGAGGAGCGGGUGUCCCUGAUCCGGAGGUCAGUCAGCGGCACUGCCUCGGACUGUCUUGUCUCCCUGGUGACCUCCGUCACCAACGUGGACCUGCCCCCUAAAGAGUCGAGCAUCUAAGCCCAGGACAUGUGUGGAUCUCCAGACUCAGUGGAUCUGAAGAGGAAAGGAAGAAAAAAAGACAGAAGUUGUGUUUUGUUUUGGAAAUCUCAUAACACCAA